AUGACUGUGUCUCCCAACCCAUCCCCUCGCGACCCCGUUCCCGGUUAUGUAGUGACCCAUCGCGGCAGCGUCGUGGAAAACCGACACCAAGUUCAUGCCGCCGUCACCGAUGCCACGGGCCGCAUCAUCUAUGCUGUGGGCAAUCCCAUGCGUGUCACUCUGGCCCGCUCGGCUGCGAAACCUGCCCAAGCCCUGGCAGUUCUGGAAACCGGCGCCCUCGAACAGUUUGACUUCGAUGAAGCAGAUCUAGCGUUGAUGUGCGCCUCCCAUAGCAGUGAAGAUCGCCAUCUUGCCCGUGCCCGCGCCAUGCUGGCCAAAGCCAACCUGACGGAAGAGGACUUGCGUUGUGGAGGUCAUGCGGCCCUGUCGGAGUCUGUCAAUCGAGCCUGGAUCAAGCGGGACUGGACCCCGACGGCUAUCGCCAACAACUGCUCAGGCAAACACGCCGGCAUGCUCGCCGGUGCGAAAGCCCUGGGAGCUUCUCCUACAGAGUACCACUGCAUUACUCAUCCUCUCCAGCAGCAAGUCACGCACGCUGUCGAGGAGUUGGCGGGCUUGCCCUCGGAUCAUGUCCAAUGGGCCAUUGAUGGCUGUAACCUGCCGGCCCCCGCGCUACCCUUGCAGCAUCUAGCCGGCAUCUACGCCCGCAUCGCCAAUGCAGCCGACGUAGCCUUUACGGAUCACCCGUCUCCACGGACACAGGCGCUAGCUCGCAUCUUUCGAGCGAUGGCAGGCCAUCCAGAACUCGUCGGGGGUGAUGGUCGGUUCUGCACCGCGCUGAUGCAGACCUUUGAAGGGAUGUUGAUUGGCAAGGUGGGAGCGGACGGUUGUUAUGCUAUUGGAGUGCGUGCUUCAGACUACACGCGGCAACUGGGGAUUGGCGGGGCUCUGGGGAUCGCGGUCAAGAUUGAGGAUGGCAACCGUGGGAUACUUUAUGCCGCCGUGGCCGAGAUCUUGCACCAACUCCAGAUCGGCACUCCCGCGCAGCUGCAUUCGCUGGAGGCAUUUCAUCAACCCGAGAUCCGAAACACUGCCGGCGUGGUGACGGGGCACACCUCGCACCAGUUUCAGAUCAGCUCGGUAUAG